CUGCUAAUUACUCCACGCCACAAUAUCCACAACUCUUAGUCCACGGUCGAAUUCUGCACAGGGUCGAAUUUGAAAAGCGCAUUUCAUUCGUUGUUAUCUUCUACCUGUUGUUUUUGUGCCUAAAGGUCCUAACACGAGUUCCCAGGGAAGCGGUCUUGAAAUCCAUGCUCCUGUCAUUGAUAUCCGCUACAGCCCUGGAUAUUUGGGAGCAUGCUAUCCUGUCAUCUGAAAAAAUAAGAAACACUUUCAGUGAAGCAGAUUUGGUACUUCACUAUGUGGUUCGUACAGUUGAAGAAGACCCAGUUUUGGAAGCUUGCCAAUAUUCCUUUUCGCUAACUUCAACAUCAGAUUCAGAAUCACUUCUAAAAACAUCCAUAAACUGGUUCAAUAUUCCCUGUUGAGAAAAGUGGAGUCAGUUACUCCGAAUAAACUAGGCUUCCUUCUCAACAGUCUCCCGUGUACAGAAGCACGUUAUGACGAUUGCCUUUUUGGGCGUUCGAUAUCCACAAACUAGAGUAGCGUCUCUUUGAAUGCUGCAAGAUUUCAAAUUAUCAAAACACGUUGGACAUAUUGGAUUUAAUCAGCUCACCGCCGCUUAACCUAUGUACACGGCCCGUAUCCGUGUUAUGGGUUGCACUUUGGUACCCUUCGCACCACUCGCUAAGCUUACCUUGCUUCUAUACAUAGCCCACCUUCAAUUUAUGAUACAUUCAUCCCGAUAUGAAUUGCAGUCACAAGCACUUCAUGAUCCACGUUUUGGUAUGGAUACAGUCAGUCUUGGACGGCACAAACCGAAAUGACACCAUCGUUUGGUACUUUGAAGCUGUUUGUUUCUUCUCAAUACUUUCAUGUCAUCAUUUUUCGGCUAUCUCUAUUCAAUAUCAAGGCACAUAAUGGUGGCUCGUAUUGUGUGCUGUACACAAUGUAUUGAUUGUAUAAACUGCUGCGGGGCAGGACUUCUCAGUCAAACCAAAAUCCUUGCCGUUACAUUGGUACUCAGAUACGACGAGAGAUGAAUUCUACUGCCUGGAAUUUAAUAUCGACACAACUCGCAAGGACCUCUUAUUCAGGCCACCCCAUGUCAUGAAUGCACAAAGGCUGCAAAUAUAAAGUCCCCAAGUUCCUCCAUCUAUUCUCAUCACCACCCGCGCACCAUUCCAACAGAUUAGCAGCUCGCCAGUCAACAAAUCAUCGUUUGUACAAGUAAACAUGCUUGUCUCUCUCCCUCUCGCCGCUCUCGUGGCUACGGCCUUUGCGGUGCCAUCCCCAGUCGACCGAUCUGGACCCGUCCUUGAGGCUCCAUUCCCCAAUGCCCCAAUCUCAGCACCUCCAGCGGCAACAACCAGUCCAGCCGUUGGCCCAGACCCAUCCAAAGUCACCAUCAACUCAAUCGCCUAUGGUGGAACCGGUUGUCCUCAAGGAUCUGUUGGAUCAUUCAUUUCCGCUGAUCGAUUGACGUUUGUAAAUUUCUUAGUUUUUGGUGAUCACAACCGUACCACCGGCGACCAAUCGGCUAAUAUUUAAACCAAUUUCUUUGUAGUUUCACACUCAUCUUUGACAGCUUCAUAGCUUCAAUCGGCCCAGGAGUCGUAAGUUCUUAUCUUCUUUGCCGUAGAUUUUGGAAUCCACGAACCUUUCGAGUAUUUAGACUUGCCUAUUGGACUCUGACUACUGUUUCUUCCUCCGCAACAAGGAAAGAUCAAUACUGACUCCAGAAUUCCAUAGCCAAUUACAUCCAGCCGCACCAACUGUCAACUAAACAUCAACCUCCAAUACCCCUCAGGCUUCCAAUACAGCAUCCUCUCCACCGAUUUCCGUGGCUACGCCAACCUCGGAUCCGGUGUCUCGGGCGUGCAAUCCGCCACCUACUACUUCUCCGGCUGUACGUUUCCCUCCCAAAAACCCACAUCUCCAUCAUCUAACCAAAGUACACGUAGCAUCCACUCAAGCCGUGACAAGCACAAACUUCAAAGGCCCCACCAGCGGCGACUACCUAAUCUCCGACGAAAUUCCCUUCACGUCCACCAUCUGGUCCCCCUGCGGCGCCGCCCUGCCCCUCAACGUCAAUUCCCAGAUCCGGUUGACGAGCACCAACGCCGCGGCCAGUGGUCUCCUGACCCAGGAUUCGAUCGAUGGGAAGGUUACUUUCCAGGUGGGCGUCAAGUGGCAAGCAUGGUACGUAUCUACCUCACGAGGAAAUGGGAAUCGAUCGAGAAAAAGCACUGAUGUUUUGCGCAGUUAGUGAGCUAUUGCUAUAAGCAUUCAUAUGUCUGACGCCCUUUGGGUGGUGAUUAUGCUCACUUGUCUUCAGGCAAACCAUAAGUCGAUUCUGGAAGUGAUGCUACUUUCGCCGUCCUACUGGUUGAAAGUCUUGUGAAAGGUUCUUGGGAUGCGGAAAAGGGCUAAGCCAGAUGGGAAUUGCGGAUGGAUGCGUGGCUAUCAUUUUAGUGGGAUAUGCUUGGAUGGAGGAUUACAGUACUUUCGAGGAGGAACUUCCAGG